AUGGCUUCGGAUGAGCCUGCCGCGAAGCGUCGGCGGGUAUGGCUGAGCAACCAUGGCCGCGAUCAAAGCGUCUUUCUGGAGGAGGGCGACAUUGCGGAUGACCUGCGGCGCAAGGCCGAGCCCAGAAUGGACGACAAAGAGCUGUCGUUUGUGAGGCUGACCCGGCAAGAUGGUGUGGACAUUGACCUGUUCGAAGCCGUUCCUGCAGACGUGGGGGUCAGCAGGGACACUGCGGUCAAGGUGGUGGUCGACCCGAUGCCGGAUACGCAGCCGCAAGUUCCUGCGCCCGUGAGUCCGGGUGCCGGGGAAAGCAAGUCGCGGUUGCGUGGGCCAAAGAAGAAGAGGAGAAAGCGAGCCACGGCCAAGGCAGUGUCGGGCAAGAGGGCUAAGAGGCCCAAUGCGGAGGCAUCCGAGGCGAAGAUAUCCGAAGGCGCGGAUGCCGAGAUGACCGACGACGCAGCAGAGGCGAGGGACGGCGAGAGGCAGAUAACGUUUGUCGUUCAUACCCACCUCCCCGACUUACAAAAUUUUCAGCUCACGGUGCCAGCGAGCACUCGCAUGGUCGACUUCCGGCGCAUCUUGAACCAGAAGGUCAACACGGUGGCUACAGCAUCCUUGGCUUUGUUUACUGAUCGGCAUCCCCUCCCGGUGCUGGACGCUGAGAGCGAGUCCAAAACCCUGGUGGAGCUGGCCAUCGAGCCAGCAGAUGGUGUGUGCGAGCUCUUCGCGCAGCCUGUGAUGCAAGAGGAGGCCGACGCACAAGUUGAGGCUUCUUCCGGUUCCGGCACGUUCUACGCUGCCUUCCAGACGUGCGCUGCUUGGCAGCCUUUCCAAUGCAAGCAGUCUGAUGCCGGACUGAGCUGCUUCUUGUCCUCACUGUGCAUGAUGGGCAAACGCCUUGUGAGCAACGAUGCUUUGCGGCGUCGGGUCUUGGGCCAUUUCCGGGCCGUGUCGCAGUCGCCUCCGGCUGUGGCGGCGCUGCAGGCCGUCAUGGCAGGGCGCCCGGGGACCCUCCGGCUGCACGACAAGCUGGCGCUCUCGAGCGCCGUCUUCCUCGUGCUGCAGGGCAUGCUGCCUGCGGAUCUGCCGCCACACAAGGCCUUCGAGCGCUCGCGGAUUCUGUUUUCCAUGCUCCUGAAUCGCGCAAGUGACUCGGAUGGAGGGAACGAGCAGUGGAGAGUUGUUACCGUCGCGUCGCUGGAUGCAGAGGAGGAUGUCGCAUGGCUCCAGCGGGCUGAGGAGCAAGCGGUGGAGGACUCCGGAUCUGUGAUGGGCCGAGCAUGGCUCCAUAGGCAUGCCGUGUGGCUGAAGGCCGCAUGGCCUGGGUGUGGAGAGGUGGCUCUCUGGUUCGGGCCUUCGAGCACCAGUCCGCGCCGCUCCUGCCUCUACCCCAUGGCCACGCUGCAGGGCGAGUGCGGCCGCGGAGAGGCCAGCUUCUUGCAGCUGGUAGCGGCCCAAGUCUUGGGCCGCACGGUUCACCCGUGCCUCACCCGGGGGCCAAAGGGCAAGGUGGUGGUCUGCAGCGGCAUGCCACCGUGCAGCGCCGGUGAUGUGCUGCUUUUCGACCCCCUUUCUGGGGAGGAGCUGAGCAAAUGCCCGCACCAGCUGGCGCGGGAGGUUCGGCAGCAGCAAGAGGCAGGUGGCGCAGUGGAGGAUGAGGCUUCCCUCGCAACUCGCGCGGCGUCGGAAGCAGUGGUGAUAUGUUUGGACACCUCCAGAUCCAUGGGCGGAGACACAGGGUUCGAGGAGGACUCGGAGCACGGAGACUCGGCUGAGGAUGACCUCGGGGGAGAAGGAUGGGACGAGACGGAACCCGAGGACGACUCCCCGGCUGCUUUGGAUGACGCCUUGAGAAAGUGGCGAGCCAAUCCCAACUUCCUGGUCUUCCAGCAGAUCCUGGCCUCGGAUGUCCCAGCUGUUCGCGCGGGGAAGGCGGCCCUCAUCCUGGAGGAGCUCCUGCGAGUGGAGCGGAUGAAGGGCCAGUCCUCCACCAACUUCGUGCGCCUGGCCACGAAGCACAAAGCCACCUUCGUUCAAGCCCUCCAGCCUUCGCCGGCGCCGGCGGAGCCAGCGAACGAGGAUGCCCCGCCGGCCUUCCGGUGUGCCAUCACGCACGACGUCAUGGCCGAUCCGGUGGUGGCUGCCGACGGCUUCUCCUAUGAGCGUGAGGCCAUCUUACAGUGGUUCCGCUUGCCGGGGCCUGUUCGCAGUCCGAUGACGGGCGGGGUGCUUGCAUCAGAGGAGCUCACAUCGAACCAGAACUUAAAGAACCAGAUCGCCGAGUGGCGUGAUGCUACAUCCGUGCGCCAGCAUCCGCGCGCCUUUUCCAUCUUCUACCGGGGCCAACUGCAAGGCACCCAAGCGGUGUGGCCAGGAAUGCUGGUGGAGACGCUGCGGCAGCGUUCGGCGGAAAGGCUCAGGGCCUCCCCUUCGUGGGUCAGGCUCCAGCUUCGCGGCUCGCGACUUCGCGAUGGACAGAGGCUGGUGGAGGACUGCGGCCUGGCACGGGAUGACACCGUGAACGUCACGGUGGAUUUUGGUGCAAGCUGGGAAAGCCUCGAUUCGGGCGCGCCAGUGGCGAUCUCGGUGACAACCUUCCGAGGGUCUCACGAGUUCCGCAUCGCUGGUUCCAUGAACAUGUCCAGCCAGACUCUACUCUUCCGCCUCUGGGCACUGGGGCUGGCCAGCGGCAACUUUCCCCGGCAGCCGUCGCAGUCCACACUCUGGGCCAACCUGGUCGAAGCGGGCGACGGCAUUCGGCAGGGACAUCCGCUCGAGCUAGCUAGCUGCCUUCUCCUUCGCAAACAGCCCGAUGCUCUCGCUGCCCUCUGCGACCGAUUUAAGCGGGAGGUGAAGCUGGAUUGGGGCCCCUUGUACAAAGCCAAGACAGGUCAGGAGCUCACGCGGCUGUCCUGCGUGAAGCAACUCCUGGAGUCCUUCCUGAACCGAGUGCAAGCCUUCGGCCUGCCCGUGGACAUCGGGCUCCUGGUCUUCAGCAGCGAGGUCAGCCUGACUUGCGCUCCCACGGCCUUCUCCGAAGAUUUCCGCGACGAGGUGCAGCGGGCAAAGCCUUCCGGAGACACUGCGCUCUACGAUGCUGUAGACAAGGCCGCGGAUGCCUUGGAGGCAUGGCAGGCCAAGCAAUCCAGGGGCCCUGACGCCAAGCCCGCACUGCGGGUCUACGUGCUUUCGGAUGGGAGCGACACGAAGUCCAGCCUCCCUUGCUGGCGCGUGGCGCGGCGACUGCAGAAGGCGGGCAUCGUGCUGGAUGCCGUACACGUGGGGAGCUGCGGGAUGGACGAUCAGCUGCAUUCCCUUGCCAAGAGUACGGGUGGCUACGUGUUUCAGCCCAAGAGCAUCCAAGAGGCCGUGCGCUUGCACGAGCUGGAAGUGGUCCUCCAUGGCCCAGAUCGGGCCCCCGAGACGCGAGCCCGACCGAUCGUGGAAAGCCAAAGCGACCUCCGCAAGUUUGGGCCAAGGUUCUACCCUGUGGAUCGGUCGGAUGAUGGUGCUUUGCCUGCUCGCCGACAGCCUCAGCAGCUAACUCGCCGUGCCAUUCCCCUGGAGACAGCCAUCCGACAAACCGAGAGGCAGCACGAUUCAGGCGAUGUCUCAAAAGACUCAACCUUGGAGGCUGCGCCUGACAGCAACCCCAGCAACCCCGGCAACCCCGAAGCUUCGGCGCCCAGAAGGGCUGAUCGGCAGAGGCGGCUCUUGCGCGAGAUGCGCGCCUUGAUGAGGCAGCCGCACCCCAACUUUGACGUGUACCCUUGCGACGAAGACCUGAGCUUCUGGCGCCUGGUCCUUGCCAUGGACCAGGAGGCUGACCUCUUCACACCCUAUGCCUCUGGUGCCUGGCUUCUCUAUGUGCUGUUCCCUGCAGACUAUCCGGAGCGCCCUCCGGAAGUUCGUUUCGUGACCAGCAUCAAGCACUGCAAUGUCAACGCAUAUGGAAGGAUCUGCCACUCAAUACUCGAUCGCAACUACACCACGGACACGGCCAUGACGGAAGUGUUACAGUCAGUCUACGGCUUGAUCUUAUCUCCUGAGAAGGAGGAUGCCAUUGACGUGUCUCUUGCGCUGCAGUGCCACAACGACCCGGAGUCGUACCGACGGGCUAUUGUGCGGCACGUGCAGGAUCACGCAAGCAAGACGCGCUCUUCAUGGAGGGAGGCCCUCGAACAAGGUGAGGUUGGCACUCCCGCAAUGGACUUGGACGUCCGCACGCUGGGUCCGGGCACAUCUUUGGCGGAGCUGCGGGAGUUCAUAGCCAAGCACAGGCUCCCAAUUAUUACCUCCGGCGCUGGCCGCACGCGAGCCGCCGUCCUCAAGGACAUCUACGAGCAUGCCGCGCGCCAGCAGCGUGCUCAGAGGUCGAGCCAGGGCUAG